UGUGUCUGUUCCCCCUAACAACGCAGACGCCUUGAAACAAUCGCAGCCGGUUUUGUUGACACACUCAGAACUGUGGCUAAACUCAACACCCGUUCGGAUUUGUUCUUGUUGCGCUAUUUUAAAUCGGGAUAAUGGAGGCGAGGAGGCUAUCUCCCCCGUUUAUGAGCAUGGUCCGUAGCAGUGGACACGGACAGACCUGGACACACCAUACGGACGCCGAAAAGUUCAACGAGUUUGGAUGGCGAUCCACAACCAACGAAAGCAACUUCGAAAACAAAACACUGGUCGGAAACUGGAACGAAGAGCGAUUCGAUAUCGAGGAACGCAAACAAGGAGUGCAAUUACCGUCGCAGUACAACCAUUACUUCGAAACGACGUACAGCACAAGUAUCAAGGGUAUGCCUCGCAAGGUGCCCCCAGAACUUAAACAUUUAAUAGGCCGUGAGCCCUACGCAUACCCGGGACACCAGCCGGAACUGGACUCGCCCUCUAUGAAAGAGACCUACAACAGCUGGGCGACAACGUCACGUGUUGCGUACGGCGAUCCGUGUCUGCGCACGAGACCGCUGGAGAUACUGAGCAGCACAAACAAUCAAGAAGCAGGCGGGCUUAGCGGGUCAACGUGAAAUGUGCUUCAAUGUGAAACGUUUAGGUGUACCUGGAUUGUAACAUUAUUAACAGGGUUGUUUUUUUUUGGGGGGGGGGUUGUUUUUUGUUUUUUUGUUGUUGUUGUUUUUAUGUUGUUUUUUGUUUGGGGGGGGGGUGUUUUAGGGGGAUUUUGGGGUGUUUUUUUUAGGAUACAUAUAUAAUAUAUAUAUCAAAUAUAUUUUUCAUAUGUAGGCUUUGAUCAGAAGGGACAGAUGAUUUUUAAUCAUCUAUCAAAGUGUGACAGAGGCGGAUCUAGGGGGGUCGGG